GUGUACUCGCUACGGGCGCUGUGCAAAGCCUGCGCUACAACAGGGGUCGUGAGCGAAAGCUGGGAUUUGAGAUAUGCUCCGGAUUAGCGUACCCGCAUUGUGUCAGCGCGGACCAACUGACCAAUCAACCAGGGACUAAACUUACGAGAGGCGAUUAACACCUUGUUAGAGUCGCCGACAACGCUAUGUACAUGUCUCGCUGAAAAAAGAAGUAUUGUCCCUACACCCCUUUCACAGGAGUAGACUCGCCUGCCCGACAGUUCGAGCGAUUAUACUUCGCCGCAUGUGGUACAAUCCCAUUCGAGUUUUUCGCCGAUGCGAGGAAUACUGUUUUAGCGAGCGUGGAACCAACUAUAAGCCACUAUCGCACCGUUAACUGACUCGGCCCACGGCUGGGAACACAGAUUCAAAGGAAAAAAGGUGGAAUAUUUCAUUUUAUCUGUUUGACGAGAUUUCGGUCUGUGGCGAGCUUGGAUGUUCUCCAGCAGUUCCCGAUAUGUAACCGACGUUGUGUCAUUCUAUGGAGCGCCCGGAAAGCGACGUUUUAACCAAAAUGUUGGAACUAAGCUGGGAGAGAUUCCUGGCUUAUUGAGAAGGCAAUAAGCUCUACCGGAGCAAUCAAUAGUCACAGCGCUCUCUACCACCGGAUUAACAUAGUCGUAGUAAUUGGAAGUUUUAAUAUACCAGUGCCAUUUCUGUGAAAAUGUUGGAGGAACUAAGGCUGUUGUUUCAUCUCGUCUUGCUCGUGGUCGUCACAGCCUAUGACAAACCCUUCGUCCAGACGCCGACGUGGCAGGCGAAACCCCCUGCGUUUGCCCCCACCCCCGACAACUACACCUACGAGGCGGGGAAGCUGGCGCUACUGAAGUGUGAAGUACACAACCUCGGCAAGAAGAAGGUAACAUGGCGUCGAGCGUCAUCACCGAACCCUCUAACUAUCGGCACCAUGGCGUUUGUGGAGGACGAAAGGAUCACCGUUGAACAUCCGCCCUCGACUGGCGAGUGGAACCUCAUGAUCAAGCGGGUGCAGAUCGAAGAUGCCGGAGUGUACGAAUGUCAGAUUGCUUCAAAGGCGCGCCACCUCCGUAAACACGUCCUGCUGGUAGUGAAAGAACCAAAAAUACCGGAGACUAAACAUAUGCAUCGUGUCUCGGCUACUGGAAUUAAAGAUGAUCUUUAUGAUAUCCAGAUAACCGGCGAGGAGUUUGUGGAACAAGGGAAAAAGAUCUAUCUCAUCUGCAAUGCCACGGGGAAAGAACACUCACCCGAUGACUUGGACUGGUUCAAGAACGGAAACAAGCUAACCACAGAAUUUGUCCGGAAGAUCUACAUACGGAAAUUUGUUUCUUUGACAACGAAAACUAUUGUUAGCAUCCUGGAAAUAAAGAAUGCUAAACUGAGUGACGCUGGGAUGUAUGUGUGUCGGACGUCGGACCUGCAGAUCACCAGUAGAAGAAUCAACGUAUUGAAAACUAAUAAAGACAACGUGAAACGAGGAACUCCCAAAGACCAUUCAGAUUCUAAUUCGGGGAGGACAUUGUUUGGCAGCUGUUCUACGAGCUUAGUGUUAACAUUAAUAUCAUUAUUGACAAUAAGAUACAGACUUGAAGUGAUGGUGUUGAGAUGAUUUGGGAGACUUGUACCGUGUUGUAAGUAAGCCGAGUUACUGCUACAUUUAUCAUCAUAGCACAUGUACAUUCCGUUCGUUUCCGACCCUUGCAAGGUGCAUACCUCUCUCUUGGUGGUAAACACAGGUUAGUGCAUUUCGACUAUUAGAACCCAUCAAACGGGAAAGGAAUGGAUCCAAAAUUACGAAAUCGUAUCAAGAAUCAACAUUAAUGGACUCUGUCGAUAGGCAAAGAGGAAUUAUGACAAGGUUCGUCUAUUGUGGUUGUGAUGGUGGUGCUGAUGGGGGCUGUGGAUGAUGGUGAAACUGACACGACACGGCGGGAGGACAUCCCGUACAGGACGACAUCAACAACGGUGAAACGACGCCCAGGGAUACCAACGCGUCGUUUGUGUCCAGUCGUAUUUCUAACUUUACAUCCAAUGGAUACUGUGUAACAAAAGACGUGUUUCAAAACAAAAGACAUGUUUGUACAUAAUGUAUUACUCGAGGUGGAGAAUCUGCCUGUAAUACAAGAAGGUGAUAUGCGGGUGAGAUGUAGUGAUUGAUCGUUGAUUGUAAUUCUAUAUUUCUACACAGUGAGGACUAUGCUUGUGAUGUACGGAUUGCUACUGUUCUCAAAAGAAGAACUAGGGUGACAAUGUAUCACCCGAGUGAGACAGCUGUAAUGAUAUGUCCAUUAUGUCUGGUCAGAGGAGCUGUUCGUGACUAUGUCACACCCGUGUUAGACAAGUGUAAUCACAUACAGAAGGGCGCAUAACCUCUCCCCUUUCGGAAAUAACGCAACAUGCAAGGGCACAUAUCUGAAGGUGGUGUACGACAAUGGACAUAGGGCAUUGGAGCACCACCGGCCCAGUGUCCGGUGUUUGAGUCUACUGACCAGCGGUCUCUAUUAUUGGACAGGCGUCAUUCUCCCGUUGGGGAACCAGGCGGAUGAGAAGAAAGGAACUCACAUGUGUAUAAAUUUAUGUUUCAGUUCAAUUGAAAGUUUCUCAAAGUUUCCUGUUUGAAACAAGUAACCUGACAAGUUGACAUAUUUCUUUAGGUUGCAGAUUGUCCAUCGACCUACUGAUGUUAAUUUUGUGAAUGUUUUCAAAUGUGCAUGACUGAAUAACGAGUUGACACGCAACUGGUAACCAAUGUUGAGGGUAACAUGUACAUUUAUAUAUUUGUUAAUAAUCUUGUAACAUGGAGGGUGCUUCAGGGGAGGGCGUGGUUUCCCUGGGGUCCGAGCAUAUCUCUAACGGGACAAUACAUCCUGAGUUCUACCGUCUCAUUUUAAUAAUUUAGGAGGUAUUUGGAGUUGUGUGAGUUAUUUCGUCUUAAUGAAAAAAGGCCUUUUAGAGUUUAUUACAAAAUGUCAAAGUAUUCAGAAGUUCUCAAAUACCCAUGUUUACACUACAACAAUCCCCCGAAUGUUGGUACCGCUAGGAAGCUUCCGCACAGUGGGGCGACAUGUGCAGUAUCUGGUACCGCUAUGUUUUAACAGUUAGAAGAAAAUAUUUCAUACCUCAUAAGUGUAUCUUUUUACUUCGUGGUAAUGCGUGUAGGCAUAGCAACCGAUACAUUUUGAAGUGUAUGCCUCGGAUGUUAUUUAUGUAUCUAUAUAUAUAGUCGAUGAUCGUUUGCACAUAUUAUCAUUUUAUAACCAUACGUUAUGCCUCGUUCCCGGCGUUGUUCCUGAAGACAGCCGGUCGUCGGUUGUGUCUCAAAUGAAGCUGUCAUAAAUCAGAAACUUAUAAAUUCUUUGGAAGUAUACAUUUGUAAGCAAAUGCUUUGAGUCUGUUCACCUCGCGGUUUGUGUGGGGAGGGCAUUGGAAUGGAUAAUAAGCCGUAAAACACUCGACAAAAUCACUUUUGUCGUUUACCCUUGAGUUUUCGCACUAUUGGAGAGCGUCUGGUGUAUCUCAUACACUGUCGAUCAUUCAAUGUAGUGGGCGAACUGAGCGCCAUGUGACGUCAUUACCUUAUUUCCACAUCAGUAGACGCCGGCCGCCUCGGUUAGGUUUAGUACAUUCCUAGCUGCAUUCUGCACUGGCAAAAAACCAAAGAUGUAUGGGAUGAAUAUUUUAACAGAGAACAGAACUGCUUUCCGCGAUUAGAGGUGUCUGCUGUCGUUAAAACCUAAGCCUUCUAUUUUUCUUUUGAUGUUUGGGCGUUAAAGUACCCAUGGCCAGUAAUAGUAUACUCUUAAGGCAAAUACGUUUCCACGAGGUGAAUCUAUUACUGAGGCCUGUCUCUGAAACGUGAGUAAAAGGUGCUGAGCGAUCGGGGAUAUGAACUCUUAGAGACGGCCAGUGUAGAUUUGGACAUAACUUAAGCGGUUAGAUUCCGGAGGUCAGGUCAUUCUUGUGACGUAAAUAUACCCACACGUUUCUCAAGUGACUUUUUCUGUUUAAGCAAUAAACUCCUGAUAUCCUGUAUUAUACCAACAUGUGCACAGACAACCGGCAAUACGUGCCCAUAAUCUAGUCAGUUCCCGCAUCAACCUCUCUGAUCUCUUCCUACCAUGUAUUCUGUGAUGAUAAACUAGCCUUAUAUCUGAGAACGGGUGACACAAUGUAAUCUAUAUAUAUGUUUGAAGAUCUUUUCGACAGUUGUGUCUGUUAAUACAGCUGUGUUACAUGGUGUAUGUGGCAAGCAACAGGGUGUUUCAAUAUGUAAGAGGCAAGACACCGGGUGUUCCAAUAUAUAUAUAUAUAUAUAUGUAGUAUCCCGUUAAUGUAAGGCCACAUGAUGUACCACGUUCUCACCACCAACCUUCCAAAUGUUUGUUUAGAUGUUUAUUAGCUAAAUGUUUUGUACUUUCAUAUUUCAGUCCAAUACAUAUGCGAGACAUAGCAACAUCAUUGGAUAUGGAAUAAAGAUCAGCUUUCCAAAUGAAAUGAUCAAAACAUUUCGCAUUGCUGUGACGUGUGAUGAGAACAAAUGCUUUCAUAUGUGAUGAGAACAAAAGAUUGUAUUUCAUGGGGCCUACAGUGGAACGGGGUCGUUGCUAACGGUGCAAGAUGAUAUCGUUAGCCGCUACAUAUGAUUAAUACGACAUCCAUCUGUUCGUUAGAAUGAUCAACGUACAAGCGCCAUCCAACACUUGAUCCUCGUCUCAUAGCACAACUUGCAGUAACCCUAUGUGUAUCCCGGGCCUGUUCAUUGCUUCGAUCAUUGUGUAUACAAAAUCUGUAUGUUUUUUAUUUCUUAAUUGUUAUGUUUACAUAGUUUUAUAUUUAUUUUCACAUUUGUUUUAAAGAUGAAAAAGAAUAUUUAAAUAUGGGCGUUCCGUAGUCGUAGCUGAUUGAAGUAGGAAAAUCUUGUACAUAGGUGAUCACCAGUAGUACUGUGUAGUUAAGCUGUCCAAGUAGUCCAAUUACACUAGCAUUGUUUGCACAUUUGAGGAGCUCUAUCCGUUAUGUUCACGGUACAUUUCGUUAAUUCGCACUGACUUGGUAGAAUGUGAUCAUUUUCUUGUUCAGACAAUCUUGUGUUGAUUCCUAGUAGUGAGAUGUACGACAUGUCCAUGUCUGUCAAUCAUGUUGUCAUAUCUCUACAGAUCAUUGUAAAUAUCCUCAAUCAUUCUUCACUCACAAAGAGAUUACCAAUAAAGUUUUUUGAAUGAA